GCUGAGCAAACCAACAACAACCAGUCGACAAACAAACAAACAACAGAAAAAAAAACAAAGAAUAAAACACAAACCAACCGAGAGGCAAACAAAUUGCUAAAAUAAAUGUGCGGCGGGGGGCAGAAGAGGCAGCAGCAACAAAGACUCAACAAAAGGAAGCGGACUCGAAAAAAGAAGAAACAGAAAUCGGAAUCGGAAUCGGAAUUGGAAUCGAAGAGGUCCCAUUAAUGAACCAACCAAGCAAACCAACGAAAGUUAAGAUACUAGAAUAAGCAAUACGAGCAACUACUUAUAACCAAACCGCUUCAAAUGCACCUAGUGUUAGUCGAAUUAAGGAACACAACUCAACGAGUGUGGAUCUUGGGGAAAAUCAACGCUUCAUAAAUUAAAGAAUUAGUGAAUAACGAACCAACGGAGUAACGGACCAGCUAAGUAAGAGAUAUAUCCCAUCGGGGUCACCAGUUGAGAUAUCCCAUCGGGGUCACCAAUUGGCGGGGGAAUCAAUCAUCACGGCGAAGGGCGGCCGUAAUGGGUGGUGGCUUUGCGGCGCCACCGAUUACGAUAGCCAGCAGCCAGCAGCAGCGAUCCGGACCGGAUCUUCUCAUCCCCCCUCUCCCUGCGACGGAUAUGCACGAGAAACUCCUCGAGAAGGAGGACAAGACUGAGAGGACCAAUCUGCUUGGCCGCUCCAAGGAGAAGCCGCCCAAGGAGAAGGCGCCCAAGCAAUCGAAGUUCGCGGAGCGUCUGCGUCGCUCCUUUAGACGCGGCGACCAUCGAUCGCUGGAGAUUAAGCGGCAGGAGCCCACGCCGGAGGAGCUGAAGGCCAAGAGUCGGGCGACUCCACCGCCCACGACGAGUAGUCUCCACUCGGACAACAACAAUCGCCUGCCCUUCGCCCUCAGUCACUUGAAUCUUCCCGGUUUGGGAUUGGGAGUGGGUGUUGGUGUGGGUUUGGGUGGCCACAUCAAUCCCGCCCUGCUGCUGGACAGCCCCGACGAGUGCACGCCGCCGGAGUACGGGUAUCGGCAUCUGAGUAGCGUGGCCACCACCAAUUCGAGCACUUCCCUGGAGAGCAGCUGUGAGCUGGGCGAGCUGAGUGGCUCGCAGAACAGUGUGUUCUACUGGACCUCCAUGGGUGGCGAGGUCAGCACGCAGGCGGGGGGAGCAGGAGCAGCACGAAUAGAUAGAAAGGAAACAGGAGGAGGAGCAGCAGGAGCAGGAACAGCUGCUUUAUCAGCCAGCGAAAAUCAGGAGAGACGUCGUUUGGAAACCCAAAGCAGCAAUCGCAGUGAUCAGCAGGUGAUUGCCACCACAACAACAGCUUCUUCGGCGCCGGGAAACAGCAGUCGGAGUUGCAGUUUGACCAGUGAGAGCAGUUCCAUUCGGUUGACCCGCCUGCAGAACUUCCUCUUCAAGAGCAGCAACGAGAGCUCGCGGAGCUGCCAGGGCCACUCGAACGAGGGAUUCACCGUGUCCUCGCACAACUCCUCCUCCGGCGAGUGGGAGCAGCUGGGCGCCUAUCUCUCGAGCAGCAGUGGCGUCGGCGGUGGCCAUGACUCAGGGGGAUCCUUCCCCGAGGAGAGCACCCCGGAGGAGACGGAGGGCACGCUUCCCGUGGAGACGAGCAGCAGUGGUGGCGGUGGUGGUGGCUACUACCAAUACACCCUGACCUCCCCGAACAAUCCCUUUCUUCCCGAGAUCACGGCGAGGACCUACCACAGCACCUACAGCGAAGAUGGAGUGGUUGAGGCGGGUGGUGAACCCACCACGGAUGACCUCCAGCUGGAGGGGAAUCUCAAGUACGGAUCGGCGCAGCUGCCAACGCCUUCGUACAGUCGCGCGGGAUCGCAGGAGUCGACGCACAGCGAAGGGGGAGGAGGACCUCCUGGACCCACGCCCAGUCCCGCCUCCAGUUCCUCCUCCACGCCGGGCAGGCAUCGCCGCAAGCUCUUCAGCCUGAACUCGCCCACGCGGCUGCUGCACCACCAGCAGACGCAGCAGGCACCACCGAGUGGUGCCAACUCCGCAUCGCCGCCAUCGGGAGGAAGUAGCAACGAAGGUGGCUCCAGCGGGAAGUUCAACUCGGCCAGUUUGGUGAGGAGCUUGAAUCCCUUCCUGCCCAGCGUUACUUCGCCCAAGAAGAAGACCCCGCACAAACAGUCGGCGGUGACCUCGCCGGGCUCUUUGACCCCUGACCUAAGCACAAAGCGCGAGGAGUUCCUGCGGGCAACGAUGAAGAUCUGUUUGGUGGUCUCGCCGCCGAACAGCAAAUUGCAGCUGAAAUCGAAGAGUCUCACGCACUUGGAUGGCCUCGACUCGGGCGUGGUGUCCUGCCAGCACGGUCCCCCGGGAAUGGCCACCAGCACCACCACCACCGCCACCGCCGGCAGCACCGCCGCAACUCCGGGACUCUUUGCCACCGCCACCGGAGCUCCACCGCCGGGUUCGCUGGGCCGACAGGCCAAUGUGACUGAGAAGGGUAAAUCGACGGCACCACCCACCACCACGCAAGGUCACCCACCGCACCACCCACCCACGAUUUACACCCAGGCACCGCAGAUCGUGCGGCGGACGCCUUCGCUGAUGCUCUCGCCCACUUUUGAUGAGACCACCAUGAUGACGGCCAGUUCGUCCUGCUUCGGCACCGGUCACUCCAGUGCCGCCUCCUUCCACCAGCACCACCACCAAAGCCACCACAACCACCACAGCCACCACAGCCACCUUAGCCAGCACAACCAGGCUGGCCAGCAAAGCAACAACCAGCAAUUGAUGACCAGCAGUGGGAGCACCACCGGAUGCACCACAUCGGCCACUCAUGCGAUACCCUCCUCGAAACACUUUCAGUUCGCCGGCGAGGUGGCGGCCACAUCGUCCUCGACUUUGAGUCCCUACAGCACACCCACAUCCGCGUCCUACGGUGGAGGUGGAGCAGGUUGCGGUGGCCUGACCUCCCCGGCUGGAUGCCCCACGUCCACAAAUCCUGCGACGGUGAAAAAGAAAUCCUCCUCGUUCAUGAAGCGCAAGAAGCCACUGCUGACGCGCAGCGAGGUAUCCAGCUCCGAGUUCUUCUCCGUGUCAUUCUGCUUGGAUUCGUCACAGCAGCCAGACGAGGAGUUUAUUCCUGCAACUAAAGGCGUUACACUACUUAAUGCACUUGGCCACGCUUUGCGUAGGCGAAACCUCAGCUUUACACAAAUCACAAUUACGGACAAUAAUCCCACGCCCAGUUUUUUAGACGCAGGUCCUUCGCUCCUUCCCGUCUCGGUGGAUGAGCAGACCGAUGUGGAGAGCCUGGCUGGACACCAUCUCUGCAUCACGGAACGAGGCAGCAACCGCAAGCCCCUGCAAAAGGCAGCUUCCUUUGGCUCCCGACAACCUCCGCCCCGACUUCUGCCCUCCGUUUCCACCGAGGAGACCAGCGAGUCGGGCGUGGCAGCCGGAAAGCAGAUCAAGCAGCGGUGGUCUUCCAUAUUCGGGAUCAAGAAUCCCCAGCAGAGUCAGUUGUGCGAGUUGCUGAAUAGUUAUGCCAAGAACGGGGUUCCCCAGCGGGCGGAUAGCAUGAACUUCGAUCACCCGGAUCUGGUUAACUCCUUGGCAUAUCUGCAGGAUAUGCACAAAUCCUGGCGGGACUUUGUGGAGAGCGAUGCGAUGAGCGAGUCGGAGAUUAAGAUUCAGACUGCCAUUUGGGAGCUGGUUACCACCGAGGUUUACUACAUUCACGCCCUGCAAACUGUGACGGAUUUAUUUUUGGCCUGUUUGGAAGCUGUGCAGGAGGAGCGACUGCUGAUCGAUGUCGACCAGGCGCGAUUGUUCUCUAAUGUGAGGGCUGUUUGUGAGGCGAACAUCAAGUUCUGGACAUUGUGGCUAUAUCCGAUGGUGGCACACAGUGUGGUGACCCACGAACCGCUGCGCUGCGCCUUUUUCCAGGAGGGAUUCAUCAACUUUGCCUCCAUUUUUGCGCCAUAUAAGAUCUACUGUGCGGAGCAGAGCACCUGCCAGUUUUACUGCAAGGAGCUGAAUCAUAAUAACGCCCUUUUCACUUCCUAUUUGGCGUGGUGCGAGUCGCAGAAGAUGUGCAACCGCUUGCGACUCGCCGACAUUGUGGUGCGACCCAUGCAGCGACUGACCAAGUACAGCCUCCUCCUGGCGGCCAUCAAGAAGCACAUGAGCGACGUGGACGAGAUCGAGGCCAUCGAUGUGAUGAUGCACAGCGUGGAGAACUUCGUGGGCAGCGUGAACAACCACUUGACGAUGCGCCAGGAGAGCGAACGCCUCAAGGGGGUGAUGGUGCGGAUCGAGUCCUACGAUGUGGUGGACACCAAUAACGAGAUGCUGGACAAGCUGAUCAAGCAGCACAGCCAGAUGUUCGAUUUGUGUGCCCCAAUGCGAGGCUGCCCCGCCUACCACGUGCGGCACUUGUUCAUGGAGGGCGACCACAAGUUCAAGGACAACCUGGGCAAGUCCGACGUGCACUGCUUUCUGCUCACGGACCUCCUGCUCGUCUGCAAGACGAUCGCCAAGCGGGGACUGGGAGCCCUGAAGGUCAUCCGGCAGCCGUACCUCACGGACCAGCUGAUCGUGCAGCUGGCGCCGAACAACACGCUUAACUGCGUGUACCUCAACGAGUUCCAGGUGGCCACCACCGCGUUCACGCUGCAGUGCACCGAGGCCAAGAACUGGUACGACGCCCUGUGGCGAGCGAAGACGAUCUACCAAAGACUGAAGCGCGGAGGCGGCGGCGGUGGCGGCGGAAGCGGAAGUGGCACUGUCGGCGGCGACAGCUUCCGGUUUGGCGGCAGUGGCACCAGCGGCGGAACCGCCGAUUCCUUGGGUGUAAGGAAAUCGCCGAUGAACUCAUCGAUCUGCAGCCACGUCUCCAGUGCGAACAACAGCCACAGCGGCAGCGUUGAGUGGAACGACUCGCGCAACAUUUCCGUCGACUUCGAGAAGACAAACUCGGUGUCCAGCGACGAGGGCUCCAGCAUAAUGACAGGCAACCACGGAGUGAACCUGAAGGGCAAGCAGCAAUUGAUCAGUGGCCUGCACAAAACGAAGAUGGGCAUCAUCGGCCAGAUGGGCUCGAAGUCGGCCAACACGCUCUCCGUGCAGCCGCUGAACCAUCUGGGCCAGAGUCUGCCCAACCUGAACAUGCAUCACAGCCACACAGUUCCACUGCAGCGGGGAAUGGCCUUCUCCACGUCGACGAAGAAUCCGCCGCUGCGAAAGACGAGGAACAUCACCUCCCAGAACAGUAUUAACUGGCAUCAGAUACCGGCCACGCCCACGCCGCCCAGUCCUCGAUCGCAGCACCAAUCGCCGGGAGUGGUUUGCAUGCAGAAAUCGCUGCCCCUUCUGGUUCCCAAUGAGGAGGGUCAAGGUCAGGGUCAAGGUCAUGGCCACCCACCACCGCCGCCGCUGCACAAACAGCUCUCCCACCAGGCACCGCUGCCCACCUCCAAUCACCACCAGUCGAGCACCGAAACGGAUGUCUGAUGGGGAUCGGGUCCAGGAUCGGAGAGAGUCCACAAGCCGCAGAAUGUACUUACCAAUAGAUCUGUCACAAAAUACCAGUUAAAAGUAGCCAUCUAUCCGGAGGACUCCCACUUAAAAUAAGUUUAGAAAAUCACCUUUAAUUUGUAGAACUUUAAUAAGGAGAAAUUAAUAUUUUUAAAAUAAAAUAAUUUAUAAAGCUUUCUUAAAAUAAAAUUCUCUUUUAAAAGUUUGGAGUUUAGUUUGGAUGCAUAUCUUUCAUAUCCUUGAAAAUAUUUCAAUUUGAAAUUUUAAAUUUACCAAAUUUUAAUUCAGAAAUCUAGUAAAAAUUAAAGGUGAUUUUCUAAAAUUCAAGUUAGAUUUCAUUCUGAAUGCCGGACAUCGUGAACUUGUUAUGUGAAAACCGCACUCUUGGGUCCAAAGCUGAUAUUGAACUUAUCUACAUUCCAUAACUAACCAAAACCCAUAACUCAACACCAUGGCGAGAUUUAAAUUCAGAAUCCCAGGCUCCGCACACUCGCCAUUUUAAUCUUCCCAUAACGAUAUAAAGACAAAUAAAGUUUAACCGAUCUAAAGUUAGUAUACUUGUUACCUUAGAAUACGCAGAGUUCGAACGCCAUAUAUACAGAAACAUACUUAGAUUGAUCACAAGCUUUAUGAAAGUGUUUCCAUACUAUUGAUGUAAGUCGUUACUUUCCUUAAGUAGGUAAAUCAAAUGUUACAGUCAAAAUAAAGAUAAAUAAACACAAAAUAUAGUCAUAUAUCUUACUGGCUGCCCAUUGUGUGCAUGUGAAAUGGAAAUCCAUUAGAGAGGAAUUAGAAAUAUUUUCCCAUUUGGUUAGUGUAUUUAUAAAAGGCUAAACUCAUAUUCAGUAUUUCCAAAAUAAAACCUGAGUUCCAUAUUUUUUUUGUAGGAAACUUAACUCAAUGUUACGUACAUAUGUGUAUACCAAACUAGAGUAUUAACCGGAUUUCGGUCAAAAUGUGUAUAAAUAAUUAUGUUAUCUUUAGAAAUGAGAUUAGGUAAGCUGUAGUCUUCUUCCACAAAAGUUAUGGAGGUGAAAACCAGGCGAUACGUUUUAACACUUAGCUAUAUUCAUAUGGGUGAUACAUUUUAACUAAGUUUACUGAAAUUUAGAUUUAAAAUCCGUUUAUUGAAACCCAUUAUCCUUUUUGGCUAUCAAAAAUAGAAAACUUUCACUUAAUUUUCUUUCUUUCCGAUUCUUUUUUACCAUUUCCCAAAACUAUCCUACACUUUUAACAAACAUAUAGAUACCAUAACUUAUUGAAUAGUGAAGUAAGGCCUAGCUAUUGCUCUUCCUUUGAAAAGAUUUUCAACCCGAAGGACGACAUUUGCGAGGCAAAAAUGUGCUAUCUGCAGAUUUUCGCCAAGCGAUUUGUACAUAUUAUCGAGGGGAAAGCGUGACAUAAGUUCUAAAUUACAUAUAGGGAGACAAACGAAUACAUAUACACAACAUAUAUAUAGGGAUUAUAUUUAUAUACAUAUAUUGUAAGAUGUGUACUUUUCGAGAUAAAGAGAUUGCACACAAGUGAGCUACAGAAUUACUACAAUAUACAACUGCAAUACAAAGUGUUAAAUGUAUUUUUAUGUACGAAUACUUACCAAUAUUUAGGGCUGCGUAGAGCUGAGAUCGUAUUUUAGAGUACUUAGUUUGUACUUAGUUCGAGGGCAUCAAGCUGGAUUAAUCUGUAACCAGAUACAUUCGUGUACAAAUAUCUAAUCUUCUCCUUGGGUUAAUCCAAAGGGUAUAUGCAUACAUACUUACACUUAGUACGUGGUACUUAGAAGUUGAACUUAAUGUUAUUGCAACUAUAUCUAAUUGCAAUUUAUUUACAAAGGAACACAACCAAAAUAAGAAACAGAAAACAAAGAGUAAAGUGCAAAAAAGCUUUAUUUACACGCUUGAACAAUAAAUAUCAAAAUUAUUUGUAAUGUAAACAACCAAA